GAUUUGCGUUAGGAGUGUUGGACGCAGAAUGAGCGGCGGCGGCGCGGCGCGCGCCUCCAGCGGCCAGGCGUAGCAGGCGGCGCCGCCCGCCCGUCACCCGUCCAAUAAUUGCUGUCACAAUAACGCACAAUCCUCUACUCUAUUAACUUUGUUAGCAAAUUGUUAUCCACGAGUACGCCAGUGCAAAUAAAGACCCUCACAAAUCGACUCAACUUCUCAAACAAGUGAUAUAUUUUGUGUUUCGAUCAAAUUAUAAAGUGUUAUUUUAAACAUACGAAACGAAGCAUGUGUGUGCUAAAGUUUAAUGAUAAACACUGUUUCGUAAGUAAUUACACUCAAUGAAACUGAAACAAUGAAAAUUCAUGACAGACGAAUCACGAUCGGACCGCUACGUCAGAGCAACUGGAAUAGCUCGGCAUGGUGCGAACGUGAGAUUAAAGGAUAAACAAAUGAAGACCGAUGCGGCUGCUAUUAUAAUGUGGCAGCAGUUCGCAUCAGAAGGUGUCAAGCGGCAGACACCGGCGGCGUGACCCCGCGCGACUCGACCGCGGCGCAUCGCCUCAACUGGGGCAUAUCAAUAAGCGUGCCCCAGUUACCUGGGUCGCCGACACUGGAGCACUGCAUUGUGCUGGAAGGCGAGAACCAUGUCGGGCAGGUCUGGCGCUUCGGGGAGCGUGCGCUCGUGCGGCGGCUCUGUGCGGCUGGCCACCACAGGGGGAGGCCACGAACUCGUCCUGGACGCGCUCUACGAACGGAAACGUGACAAGAAGAGUGUGAGGGUCCUCACUGUCAUCAUUUACGUGUUCUGCGUCUCCCUCGCCGCAAUCAUGCUCUCCCUCUACUACGUGUUCUUCUGGGAACCAAAGGACGCGCAAUAUGCGCAACGAAAGGUGGCUCACACAGUAGAGAAGCAAACCAGCACCACACCAAUGCCUACAUGCUUUAUGCCCUACACCGGAGGAAACAAUAGCACAGUGAGCGAGAACGUCACUCAACAAGCCCUAGGAAACAUGACUGACGACAGUUUCUGGAUUGGCAACGACACUAGCAAGUUUUCACAGCUCGCUAACUUCUCUGACGAACUGGAUAAUAGUAUACAAACACCCAAUGCUUCUAAUAAUGAAGAAAUUCACAACAUCACUGGAAAAAUUACAUGACCAUAACAGAAACCUUUGUACAUUAAAAAAGCAUUUUGCACUACAUCUAAAUUUAUAAUGUUUAAGUCGUUAUGUAUAGUAUGAUAUAAAGGGGAUGAUGAUUCGGGUAGAAAUUAUGUAUUAAACUAAAAUUAAAUGUAAUUAACUAGAUGACCUUCGUAUCACCUCCCACCGUUUAAACAUUAUCUGCAAGCCAA